AUGCGGGUUUUCGACCCGAGUCCUCUCUUGCUUCCGGGCUCCUUGGUCCUGUCAUGGCGCAAGGCCCUCCUCCUCCGCCUCCUUCUCCUCCCCCUCCUCGUCCUCCUCCUCCCCCCUACUCCUCCCUCCUCCUCCUUCCUCGUCCACCGCCCCAUCUCCUUCUCCUUCCUUCCACCCUUAUUUCCCUCGACGACUUUCAGUCGUCAUGUUCUAUUUGUGGGCGUUGGUCGCCCCCUCCCCCCACCCAUCCUUCUUGGCCCUAUCAUGACGCAACACCCUCCUUCUCCUCCUCCCCUUCCAUCUCUUUCUCUCUUCUGGCCAUGCCUCAACACCGUCAACAAACGCCCCAGCCUUGCAGGCUGUUACCCUCGCCAGGGUCCGCAACUCAGUAAAUCAUCCGUCCAGCAGUCUUUUCGCUUAUCUGAUCUGAUGGUUGUGGCACCCACUACCCCCGUGCCUGCUGAUGAUGGAAGCAAGGCAGUCUACCAAACCUCACUUGAAGGCUUAUUCGUUUUCUGA